AUGGAAACCAAAAGUGCUUUGAACCGUAAUUCUUCCUAUCUCCCACGCUUUAAUUCCACAGGAAAUGUCCGAUCGACCAACUUGCUGGCAAAAACAACGUCGAUCCGUACACUAGACAGCUGGGAAUUUCAAAUCAUGCAUGCGUUACAAGACAACUCGAGUCCUUCUGUUGUCCGAAGAAACAUGCGGAAACUCUUGGUUGAAUCCAUAUAG